AUGUACUAAAAUUUAUGUUUGAUGCAACUUGGUUUACUGUUUAAGUAAAUAUAAUAAUUAGAAUGCUUAAAAAUAUCGUUUGCAGUAAAUAAUUUAAUUAAUUUUGAUAGUUUUUAAGCCUUUUCAGAUUCCCUUGCGAAUUAAAUAAAUUUAAAACAACUAUCUUUAACUUUCAAAGAAGGUAACCUUAUAUGUUCAAAAAGUGCAAAAUGCUUAGGACAAGCUUUAGUAAACUUAAAAAAUAUAUAAAAGCUUAAUUUUAUAUUUGAAAAAUCAUAAAUUGGAUAAGAAGGAUUUGAGUAUUUGCAAAAUGGAAUUAAAAACCUAGCAAAAAUUUCUGAAAUUAAACUCUACUUUACAGAAUUAGCAAGUGUUUAUUUAGUUUCUUUGAUAUAGAAUCUUCCUUUAAUUAAUUCAAAAACAUUUUAACUAUCUUGCUUACCUUCACUGUACUUCGUAAAAAAUAUCUAAGAUCACUCAGUUUAAUCUAUUCAUUUAAGAACUAACAAUGAAUAAGUUGAUGCUUAAUGUAUGCUAAAAGGUAUAAAAACUUUAACUGAUCUUAAAAACUUAUAAUUAAAUUUAAAAGAUUUUCUAAAAGAUGAAAAUUCAGUAAUAAUGUUUGGAUAAUUUUUGAAUGAUCUUACUAACUUGAUUCAAUUAACAAUUAACCUUAGAGGAUAAAAUAAAAUAAGUGAGAGUGGUGCAUUAAAAAUAGGCUAAGGAAUAACUAAUUAAAUGAAUUUAAAACAUCUAUUAAUUAAAAUUGAUAGAGAGAAUAAUUUAAAUAUCAAUGGAGCCACGAUGCUUGCUAAGUCUAUUUGUGCUUUAAAAGACCUUGAAAUUUUAGAAUUUAAAAUUAAUGAAAGCAAUUAAUUUUUUUCAGAAUGUCUGAUAUAAUUAUCUGAAGGGAUAAAGAACAAUUUUUUCCUUAAAAUUCUUAAAGUUAAAAUUAUGAAGGGAAACACAAUAAAUUCUUUAGCUAUUCUGUCUUUUGCUAACUCCUUAAAAGAUUUAAAUAAUUUAGAGUAAUUAAAUUUCCAGAUUGAUUAAACUACUGAACUUAGCUUAGAUUGUUUUAAAGCUUUUAUUGAAAAUUUAAAAAGCAAGUAAAAAACAAUGAAGGAAUUAAAAUUAAAUAUCAACUCUCCUUACAAAUCCUUUUUUAUAUCUUUGUUUCAAGAAUUUUAUGACUUAAUUAGUAAAAAACAAUUUUAAGAUUAAUUUUAAAUAAAAAAUAUAAAUUCGAUAAAUUAAAACAUUACAGAAUUAGAUAUCGAAUUUUAGUUCCACAAUUAAAAAAAUUUAUAUCUAUAAGGAUUUAGUACCUCGAAUCAUCUGGUUAUUUAGGUGAAACUUUAAAUAGUUUAAGUAAUUUGA